AUGGGGCCAGUCGCCUACUUCAGCCUCUGCCUCCUCGGCUGCCUGAUCUUUAACCCCUCGCUGGAAGGGGCACAGGCUAGGCCCUGUCCCAGGGGCUGGUUCUCCUUCCAAGACGACUGCUAUGGAUACUUCCCCGAAAAGCUGAGCUGGGAGAGGGCUAAGGCUCGGUGUCAGAGCUUCGGCAACGGGGCCCAUCUCGCCGCCAUUCACAGCGAGGAGGAGCACGAUGCAGUCGCUGGUUUCAUCGCCCGCUCUCAGCGCCAUGACGACGACGAUGUCUGGAUCGGACUCCACAUCCCUGUCCAGAGACAAAGCUGGUCCUGGGUUGAUGGCUCCACAGUGGACUACAGUGCUUGGGAGAAGCAGAAAAGCUACUAUUCCCUGAAGGGGGAGCACUGUGCGGUGCUGGAGGAAGACACAGGUUUCAUGACUUGGGACAACGACUCCUGUAACGAUAGAAACCCGUUUGUCUGCAAGUACGGGCCUUAG